UGAAGAAGCAUCCCUUCACACCUCCUUCUGAGAGACUAUUUUAUCUAACAUUUUCUUUUUUUUAAGAGCUCAAAAAGCCUCUGGUAUUUAACAUUUACGACACAAUCCCAUUUGAACCGGAUUCCGUGACCACGAUUACAAUUUUUGCCUGAGGAAUAAUACCGGGAGAUGAGUUACAGGCGGACAGCCAAGUCAAUGGAGUCUUGCACGUUACUCGUAGGUGACUAAUUCAGGAAAACCAUGGGAUUAUUAUUGUUCAAGAUCACGAGGACUCCUUCAAAGAUGCUACUCAAGAUACUGCUCUUUCUAAUUUUGCAAGGUGCCUGGGUGUCCCAUAGUGAGAUCAUCCCUGAGGUCAAAGCAGGGGCGAUCCCAAAUGAUAGGCCUACGGGAUUUGGGGGAUCUGAAGACUUGGGGAUGUCCCGGAUAAAGGACGCAAAGCCAAGACUCAAGCGCUGCACCUGCUAUUCUUAUAUGGACCGUGAAUGUGUUUACUACUGCCAUCUUGAUAUCAUCUGGGUCAACACUCCAGAACGCACAGUUCCAUAUGGGAUGUCCAGUUACCAAGCCCCACAGCGGAUGCGAAGGGAAACUGUGGAGUCUCCCCGCUGCCUCUGUGCUGUGGCUGAUGCAGACCAGCAGUGCAGAGACUUCUGUCAGUCAAGAGCUGCAGUGCCAUCCCGGUGUGUACACAGGGGAGCGGGGGGAGGGUGACAGCUUGAAGCCCACCCAGAGUCUCUUGGUCAUGGGUCGCUGCAGCCCACACCCACACGGUCCCUUUUGGCUUCACCCCUUCUGCAUUUGGCACCCUCGCUCCAGGUACUCGCGCUAAAGGGAGGAACAUCUGGAGUUGGACUUUGCCGGCAUUCCUCACUAUCAUAAUUUCUGGAGCAAGUUCCAUCAGGCCGACCGGUUUCAAUAGAUCCUCUCCUUGCCUCCGCUCCUCAGUAAAUUAAAUGCAGAUCUCUGGAGGCCAUUUUUUUUUUCUAUUCUAUCUUAAAAGGCUUGUGCGGAUUACUUUCAUAGACUUAAAGAAAUUGAAUGCGCUAAUGUCGAUCUGAAGACUUGCGAAGAGCGUCCCUGAUGAUUCAGCUGGUCAAUUUUGUUCGUAAUGGACCACACACGCAGACGUUUGUCUCUGAGACGCUAAGGACGAGGGCGUUUCAUUUUCAACCUCAAAAGCAGUGGACCACAGGGUUGCAAUGUUGACCAUAAGUCUAACGGCCAAACGACUGCAUGUGGAUGUUAGACUGGAGUUUUUCCUAUAAAAGUAACAAAUAUAUUCAAAAUACUUUAAGAUUAUAACAAGCACCAUUUCAAAUCUGUAGCGCAGGGCUGUCAAACACAUUUUCACCGAGGGCCACAUCAGCAAAAUGGCUGCUCUGAUGUAAAAUAAAUCUAACUACUUUUUAACUUGUUAAUUCGCUGUUCUGUAGCUAAGAGGCGAAGUUAAAAUCUGUCAACUGGACAAAUCGUUGUAAAAGUGAAGACAUUUCGCCGCUCAUCCAAGCCGCUUCUUCAGUUCUGGUCAGAUUGCUGGAGAUUUUAACUUCGCCUUUUAGCUAUUGAUCAGACCUAGACGACUGAGGGUUUACACAGAUAUCUUCACUGUUCUGUAUUUAUUACUCAUUCAAGUUACAAAUAUUGCAUAUGAACUUGCCUAGAUGUAAAAAUGUGGCUGUGUAACUGCGUAUCUCCUGAUAAAACGACAUUUUAAGACCAUCAUACCUUUUAAUUUACCCUGUCACAUAAAAUGAUGUGGAGGGCCACAUUUGGCUCACGGGCCUUGAGUUUGACACAUGUGCUCUAGCGUUUUAUCAUUGGGAAGCAAACACAUCAAAUUAAAAACAGAUUAAAAUGAUUCGAUUAGAACGUGAAGCCUUCAGUUUGGUUUACUUUUUAAAUUUACGUGGCAUUUAUCUUGUAAAACGGCGUCUUAUGUUCCUCUGGCACAUAUUAAAUGCUUUCUCACCAGUUAAUCUCUCUAUAUUGUCAAUAAACUGAAUUUAUUGCAAAAAAACGGUCUGGUCAGAUUUCUGGUGGACACUGCUUUAUAUCUGGCUAGAACUGAAGAAGCGUCUUGGAUGAGCAGCGAAAUGUCUAACGAUUUGUCCAGUUGACAGAUUUAAACUUCGUCUCUUGCUAUGGCUCAGACUUGGACGACUGAGGGAUUACACAGACAUAAAAUGAACUCGUUUAACUGAAACUUUGGUUUAACUCAGCAGUGCUAAGCUCACAAAACACUGCAGUCGUGAUGAUGCUGAUUCUCUGAGUUGUAUUUGGCUGGUUUCUCCUUAAUAAACGUCUAUUGUUUCUUCUACUGUACUGUAAGACUUUCUCCAUUGGCCUCGGGUUUAAGCGCUCAGCAUAACCGCACACAGGUCUGCUGCUAACGGCGUUACAAAUAAUCAAAUAAAAAAUAGGAUUUGCCUCAGCUCAGGGCAAGCUUUCUACUCCUGACCCCACGUACCCUCUCGCUGACCAAGAAUGCCCGACGGACUGACGUGUUUUCAUUUUCUGACAAAUACAAUGCUGUAUGUAAAAGCUGUGUGUUUAUUUGCGGUUUGGCUGCACUGGCUAAACUGGCAGAUUUACAAUACUUUAAAAAAUGCUGUGUUAUUUUCUCAUAACCUGUUUCAUUCAGUACCAUUAUGUCCAAUAGUAAGUCCUAAACGUUUAUCAGAUUAUAGCCACUGCGCCACAACAGGGCCUUAAGUGGAUAAGUGCUUGUUAGUGGCGGUCCGUUUGCAAAAUGUGGUCACUAAACACUGAGGAUAUUUCCAUGAAAAGAUAUCUGAAAAUCAUCCCAGUCUUCCCACAGGCUCACUCACACGGCGUUUACUUGUAAUAACCUGACAAUUAUAGUGGCCAAGAAUGCAUCAGGGCUCAUGAUUUCUCAACUAUAAAAAAAAUAUCCACACAUUUGUCACAAAAACAUGUUUUUAAAUAUGUCAUGAAAAACACUGGUGUUUUUGUGGUUUGAAUCGAUCCAAUUAAAAUCAAC